AUGUCAUCAAUACAGCAGAAUCCACUCAAGAGACCAAGGACUGCAGGCACGGUCAAGCGCACACAUCAUCUCACGCACAUCCAACAACUACCGGCGGCGACAGAGCCCGCGGCGCAAGAUGAGGCUUUCAUCCAGGCGCAGCUGUUGCGCUCCAUCUGCACCGCCUUGACCAUUGUCGGCUACGACAGUGUCAAGCCUUCCGCUCUGGAGAUGUUCCGCGCAGAAGUCGAAGAAUACAUGAUGAAUUUCCUCACGACAGUCAAGGACUCGAUGAGCGCCUCGCGCCGAACGACAGCGACACCACAGGACUUUGUCUUUGCCCUCGCAGAAGCCGGUCUCGACUCACAUCACCUGGACCCGCACCUCAAACUGCGCCUACCAGAUGACAUUGCCAAUCCCGCUAUACCUCCACCGCCUCCGUCCGAACCUCCUCCACCGAACCUUGCGCCCAUGCUUGGACAAGACUUGGCUACACCGGCGACACAACAAUAUGGCUACAUCCCAUCACACUUCCCACCGCUACCGAGUCAACACGCCUGGCAGAGCACCGCUCUCUUCACGCAACGAGAACAAGAUCCACGACGAAUCCGCGAGCGCGCAACCGACGAGGGUGUGCAAGCUGAACACGCUCUGCGAAAACUCACUGCCGCGAACAAGGCUCGUCUACGCCAGGCACCUGUUGACAAGGCCAAGGACCAGCUAUGGCAAGACACUAUCUCAGACCUGCUGGACGAUGAGGAUGAUCUUGCGCCAACACAAGACGCAGAUGGCGACAUCAAAUUGGAUGGGUGCAUGGAGCACGGCAGUGGAAAUAGGGCUGUCAGCACGGCUAAUUUGAUACGUGAAGGUGGUGGUUUGAUGGUCAAUCACGACCGCAACCAUUGGCGCAGAGGAAGAGGUACUGUGCAUAUCUGA